AUGAAGAGAAACAUCUUUCUCAUGUCUCUUAUACUUAGUUUGCUAAUUACACUUCCUAAAUCGACAUGCAACGAUAAUCAAAAAGGAGCUCAAUGUAUGGAAUCGAACAAUCCCUUCAUCGAAAAGGCGUGUGCAGGGUCAGUAUACAGAGAUCAUUGUGUGCAAAGUCUAAAAUCAUUACCUCCAAGUGAUACUUGUGACAUUAAAACACUAACAAUUAAUAGUAUUAACAUUACAAAGACUUAUGGAUUGAUUGUUCGUGCUUGGAUCAACCAAAAACUCGAGUAUUCGAAUUUAGAUCCUCAUGUUAAGUUCGCGUUAAGGGAAUGUUCAAAUGAGUAUGGUGAUGCAUUGGAAGAUCUGAAUAGAAAUAUUGAGUCAUUUAGCAUUGCUAAAAGGAUUGAUCAUAGGUUUUUUCAUGACCUUAAUACAUUAAUGAGUGGUGCAAUUAGUUCUAUUAUUGCUUGUGAAGAUGUUAUGAAGGAAUUUAAAGGAAAAGAUGUAAUGGAAGAUAGGAACAAAGUGUUUAAGAAGCAUUGUGCUAAUGCUUUAAGUGUUAUUGUGUUUUGGUCUCAUAAUCAUGAUUAUUAA